AUGGGACAAUGUUGUUCAUGUCAUAUUCAAAGUUAUCAUGUCGAGAAUCGUGAAGAGGAAAGAGAGGUUAAACAUGAAGAAGAUAUUACAUUUAGAGGCCAUGCUGGAGCACAUGUUAGGCUGCAAGGAUCAUCUAAAUUUGUAUCAAUGUAUACUCAGCAAGGGAAAAAGGGGACUAACCAAGAUGCGAUGACUGUUUGGGAGAAUUUUUCGGGUGCGAAAGACACGUUCUUUUGUGCUGUGUUCGAUGGACAUGGUCCGUCUGGCCACAAGGUGGCACGAUACAUUCGCGAUGUUUUGCCGGCAAAAAUUUCAAUGUUAAAUAACAAGUCAUAUGCAAAUGCUGAAGGGAAAAUUGGCAAUGAUCAUCCAUUUUUGUCGUCAUGGAAAUAUAAAAUAAUAAAAUCUUUCGAGGAAAUGGAUGAUGAACUUGAGGGUGAUGCAUCUAUUGAAAGUUAUUGCAGUGGUACAACCUCAGUGUCUAUACUUAGAAAGGGUGAACACCUUAUAAUUUCGAACUUAGGGGAUUCUCGUGCUGUUCUAUGCACUCGGGACGACAAAGAUCAACUUAUUUCUGAACAACUCACUGUUGAUCUGAAGCCAAAUCUUCCAAGAGAAAUGGAACGAAUUAAAAGUUGUCAGGGCAGAGUUUUGGCAAUGGAUAAAGAACCAAACGUGUACAGAAUAUGGAUGCCCGAUGAAGAUUGCCCUGGUCUUGCCAUGGCAAGAGCUUUCGGAGAUUUUUGCUUAAAAGAUUUCGGCCUCAUUUCAACCCCUGAAGUAACUUAUAAAAAGCUGACACAGAGAGAUGAAUUUGUCGUCUUAGCAACUGAUGGGAUAUGGGAUGUGUUAUCCAACAAUGAAGUAGUACGUAUCGUGGCUUCAGUCAAGAAACGAUCCCUAGCAGCUAAACUGUUGGUGGAUCAAGCUGUUCGAGUCUGGAGAUACAAGUAUCCGUGUGCCAAGAUUGAUGACUGUGCUGUCGUAUGCUUGUUCUUCAAACACCCGAGACCUUUGUUAACUAAAUCCAUAUCAGAAGUGACUGAAAUCAGCUUGAAUCAUACAGAGCUCGGAGCAAAUGCAAGAACUGAUGACGGGCUCGAUACAGUUUUGAACUGUAAAGUUGAAGAAAGCCCGGAAAAUGCUCCGAAUGGUGGUGUUCAGUUGGAUUCUGCAACACACCGGCCUCGAAAAAGAACGGUAAAGAAAGUUGAUCAGGUUGGAGACUGA